AUGUCUACAGGCUCCAAUGGCGCCCGGCGCAUAGCGUCGCUGCUGCGCCCAAGAUUCGACGCUGCCGUAUGCCGAAGCUGUCAAGAAACCAUCGGUCGCCGCAACUACGCAUCUGCUGCGGCGGAGCCAACAACCACAUCCUCCGAUCCCUCCUCUACAUCUCCGGUUGUCCAGCCCGCAUACACCAUCAAUGCCGGUGUGGUGCUGUCGCGCCCGCCGGUCAUCACACGCGACCUCGAGCCAUUCGAGAAAGCAUUCUACCUUUAUCAAAAGCGACUGAACGAGCGCCAGGCCCUUCCUUUCACAAAAUACUUCUACUUCAAGCGAGGUACUCCUCUCGACGAGGACUGGAAAAAGAAGAUCCAGGAGCGACAGACCCCUGCUCGCGAUAUCGGUAAAUACAACGCGUACGCCCCCGAUGCAUGGAACGACGAGCUGCUCCUCGGUGCGAAGGAAGCAGAGCCCGAGUAUCAGGUCGAGAUGUUGGUGCGCGAUGCAGAAUCAACGGCCAAUGCUACCUCGCAGGAUACCAGCAAGAAAGAGGAGAUUCCGCGGCCACAUCCGCGGGUGACGGAGGCCGAUAAGAAGGGAGACCAGAAGAGCUUGAACCGUCUUCUGUCCCGUACCCUGUAUCUUCUGGUCCAGUCGAAGGGAGGACAGUGGAGGUUCCCUCAGUCGCAAAUUGCGACUGGCGAGACUCUUCGUCAGGCUGCCGAGCGUACCCUUUUCGAAUCCGCCGGCAAGAACAUGAACACUUGGAUGGUUGGCUACCACCCAUUCGGGCACUUUGUUCGCAACAUCAAGCCCCGCGCUAACUCUAAGACCGGAGCCGAGAACCUGGGCGAGAAGACCUUUUUCUUGAAGUCUCGCAUCAUGGCUGGCCAGGCCGACCUGUCCGCCAACCUCCACAACCUCGCAGACUUCAAGUGGCUAUCGAAAGAGGAGAUUUCAAAGUUUGUCCACCCGCAAUACUACAGCCAGAUUAAGAACAUGCUGGCCGACCGGUAA